CGGCCUCGCAGUCGCCUCCGGUCUCCCGCAGGGUCCCAACGCUCUGCUCCGAAGAAAGCCGGCGACCGCGGGCGCCCAGCCGCGCGGGCAGCCUCGGGACAAUGGGGCCGCGGCGCUUGCUGCUCGUCGCGGUUGGCCUCAGCCUGUGCGGUCCCUUGCUGUCUUCCCGCGUCCCCGUGCGCCAGCCAGAAUCCGAGAUGACAGAUGCCACUGUGAACCCCCGCUCAUUUUUUCUCAGGAAUCCCAGUGAAAACACAUUUGAACUGGUCCCCCUGUGGGAUGAAGAGGAGAAAAAUGAAAGCGCCUUGCCUGAGGGCAGGGCAAUCUACUUAAACAAAAGCCACUCUGCUCCCGCCCCCUCUGCCCCCUUCAUCUCUGAAGACGCCUCAGGGUAUCUGACCAGCUCCUGGAUGAGGCUCUUCAUCCCGUCAGUUUACACCUUUGUGUUUGUAGUCAGCCUGCCUCUGAACAUCCUGGCCAUCGCGGUGUUUGUCUGGAAGAUGAAGGUCAAGAAGCCGGCUGUGGUGUACAUGCUGCACCUGGCCAUGGCUGACGUGCUGUUCGUGUCCGUGCUCCCCUUGAAAAUCAGCUACUACUUUUCCGGCAGUGACUGGCAGUUUGGGUCUGGGAUGUGUCGCUUCGCAACUGCAGCCUUUUAUUGUAACAUGUAUGCCUCCAUCAUGCUCAUGACGGUCAUAAGCGUUGACCGGUUCCUGGCCGUCGUCUACCCCAUCCAGUCCCUGUCCUGGCGCACUCUGGGCAGAGCUAACAUCACUUGCCUGGUCAUUUGGGUGAUGGCCAUCAUGGGGGUGGUGCCUCUUCUCCUCAAGGAACAGACCACGCAGGUUCCGGGGCUCAACAUCACCACCUGCCACGACGUCCUCAAUGAGACCCUGCUGCAGGGCUUUUACUCCUACUACUUCUCGGCCUUCUCGGCCGUCUUCUUUCUUGUGCCGCUGGUCAUUUCCACCGUCUGCUACAUGUCCAUCAUCCGGUGUCUCAGCUCCUCCUCGGUUGCCAACCGGAGCAAGAAGUCCAGGGCUUUGUUCCUGUCGGCCGCUGUGUUCUGCGUCUUCAUCGUCUGUUUCGGACCCACCAACGUCCUCCUGAUCACGCACUACCUGCUCCUCUCUGACAGCCCUGCCACGGAGACGGCCUACUUCGCCUACCUCCUCUGCGUCUGUGUGAGCAGCGUGAGCUGCUGCAUCGAUCCCUUGAUUUACUACUACGCCUCCUCUGAGUGCCAGAGGCACCUCUACGGCAUCUUGUGCUGCAAAGAAAGCUCCGACCCCAACAGUUACAACAGCACCGGCCAGCUGAUGCCGAGUAAGAUGGACACCUGCUCUAGUCACCUGAAUAACAGCAUAUACAAAAAGCUAUUAGCUUAGGGGAGAAGGAUUGCUGGAAGGUCACACAGAAAAGGUUGGAAUGGACAGCCCGGGAGCCUGUUAGUCUCUGGCAAGAACUAGAUUUACUUCACAAACCACGACUGAUUUGCAUGCCUACUUCUUACAAGUGCUGUCAAGCAUAAUUACCAGAAAAGUAAUGGGAACCAGAGAGAGAUUUCCAAUGUUGCCAGUGCUGCGAUGGCAACCGUCACUUCUUGUAUAUCUAGGUGACUUAAAUAUACAGAUGGUAUGCACACACAUAUUUGCAAUGCAGUAUGGAAUCAGUGCUUUGAUACUUUCUUGUUUAUUCCCUACCAAUUACUAUGGAAAUAAUUGGAUUCUCUGAGUUAAUAAACAAAGUCUGUUUUGGUGGAUGUUAACACUGAACAGCUGAAGGUAUCUAAUGAUAGGGAAGGAGUUCAUAGUUUAGACCUAACACAGCUUUUGCCCAUAUAUAUAUAUGUAUAUAUAUUUCAACUAUUUGAUGGUAACGUUUAAACAAUAGAAGGGUGAAACAGUAUUAUCUGUGUAGGAGAAGAUCUCGUUCUUUUCAUCUUGAAUUACCAAAGCAGUUGGAAAGCCCAUUUUGAUAUGGGGUAUCAUUUUUUCAGUUUACAUGCUAAAUAUAUGGACCAAGACUAAGCAUAAAACUCACCAGGAUCAUAAGAAACCUUACAAAGCAGCCAAAGUCUGAGGAGAUAACUUGGCACAGCCAUCUCCAUGGGGGCCUCUGAACAGCAGAUGCAUAUUUAUCCAGCUGUGCCUCCCAGAGAGCAGUGAUGGGGACCACCAGGCCCACUCCUUCCUCCUAGGCAUCCCAUUAGCUAUGAGUUGACUAUAUCUGCUUGAAGCUGGCAAGAUAGGAUAUGACAUCCUGGGGGGGAAUAACUACAAAAGUCGCCCGCACAUCUGAGGAGCAGAGAAAGGUGUGUUUAUAUCCAGUAGCUGCCCUGAAAGGCUGCCUCUUGCACAGACACACACACCCAUGUGGCCUGGGCACUCUGGUAGAUACUGGGCCUACAAACUCACCGACUGCGGAAGAUUAACUGAGUCUUGCCUUUACUCAAGCAACUCAGAAAGCUGACAUGGCCAACUCGAUGUAUGCACUGCAAAUACACCAUUGUACAUAGAAGUGUCUUCAGCCACACAUCACCAAGCGUAUUUCACAUAAGUAAGGCCUAACAGCUAAACAGCUUUGGAUAUCUGAGUUUCUGCUUCAGUAGCUGUAGGUUAGGAUAAAAACACAGUUUAAGAUGUAUAUUUUUAAGAAAUAAACCCUUAAGUCUACAAUAAUUAGACACUAUUUAUUUACAGAUAUUUUAUUAAAAAUUAUCCAAAUCAGCCAGGCAUUGUGGUGCAUGCCUUUAAGCCCAGCACUUGGGAGGCAGAAGUAGGCAGAUCUCUGUGAGUUCAGGUCAUUCUGGUCUACAUAAUGGCUUCUAGGCCAUCUAGGGCUACAUAGUAAGACCUCCGCUCAAAACAAUUAUGACAUCAGAACAAAACAAAAACACCUUUUUAGAAAGCAAGAAAACACAAAAAGUUUUACCUGAACCCAGUUUUAAGAAAUAUAUAGGCAUUUUCCCUAACAGUUAAUUAAAUUAUUUUAAAAGCAUUUUCAAUGCCACUGUGACUAAUAAGCAUAUGAAAAUCUUCAUGGCUUUGACAAAGUAAUUUGAAAAUUAAUUUGAAACAUAUACUUUUCCUGAUUUAAGAACUAUGUUGGCAUUUUAAGCAAAUAAAGGAGAGUAGAAAGGGUACAUGUUUAUUUAAGAGAACAAAGUAUUUUCAAAUAUUGUAGAAUAGCUUCCAUGAAGGUCCUGUAAUUAUACUGUUAACUCAGUUACUGUAUUGAUUUAUAGAAAUCAUCCGCUCACUGUUAUAUGUUCUGUCUGUGACGUAAUAUAACUAUCAUUGUACUUGCGAACUUUGGUGUCACUGUUUCGUGUUCACUCUUUUUUAAAAAUAUUAUAUAACAUAUUAAUAAACAUGAAAAUGUG